GUUAAUGCGGGCGCGAUGGGGUGCGUGUUCGGCAAGCAGGCGUCGGGGCGGGCGGUAGAGAGGGCGAGGGAGAGGGAGCGGGCGAGGGAGGAGAGCGAGGAGGUCGAGGCCGAGGAGGAGGAGGUGGUCCGGGUGAAGGUCGCGAAGUUGGAGGUCGGGGAGGUCAGGAACGGGAGCGGUCGGCGGACUGCGUCGGCGGCGGUCGAGGACGGGGUCAAUGCGCGGGUGCGGGGGGAGAGGAGCCGGGUCGCGAGGCCGAAUCCGAGGCGGAGCAACCCGCCGAAGCACCUCUACGGGGAGCAGGUCGCCGCCGGGUGGCCGGCGUGGCUGUCGGAGGUCGCCGGGGAAGCCAUCAACGGAUGGACGCCGCGGCGGGCGGACAGCUUCGAGAAGCUCGAUAAGAUUGGGCAAGGUACAUACAGUAAUGUCUAUAAAGCUAGGGAUACUUUAACAGGGAAGAUUGUCGCUUUGAAGAAAGUGCGGUUCGAUAACUUGGAACCGGAGAGUGUAAAGUUCAUGGCAAGAGAGAUUUUGAUACUACGGCGCCUGGAUCAUCCCAAUGUUAUUAAGUUGGAGGGUCUGGUGACCUCAAGAAUGUCGUGUAGUUUGUACCUUGUAUUUCAAUAUAUGGAGCAUGACUUGGCUGGACUUGCUGCGAGCCCUGGGAUCAAAUUCACCGAGUCUCAGGUCAAAUGUUACAUGCACCAGCUGUUAUCUGGACUGGAACACUGCCACAAUCGCCAUGUUCUUCAUCGAGACAUCAAGGGAUCAAACCUACUCAUUGACAAUGAUGGAAUUCUUCAGAUCGCUGAUUUUGGAUUAGCCUCUUUCUUUGAUCCCAAUCACAAGCAACAUAUGACUAGUAGGGUGGUUACUCUGUGGUAUAGGCCACCAGAGCUUCUUCUUGGGGCUACUGAUUAUGGUGUGGGCGUGGACCUCUGGAGUGCGGGUUGCAUCCUGGCUGAGCUCUUAGCUGGAAAGCCUAUUAUGCCUGGUCGAACUGAGGUGGAACAACUGCACAAAAUAUUUAAGCUAUGUGGUUCUCCUUCAGAAGAAUAUUGGAGAAAAUCAAAGUUGCCUCAUGCAACCAUCUUUAAGCCCCAGCAAUCAUAUAAACGCUGCAUAGCGGAGACAUUUAAGGAGUUUCCACCACCAUCUCUACCUCUGAUUGAAACCCUUCUUGCAAUUGACCCAGCUGACCGCCUAAAUGCUACUGCUGCACUAAGAAGUGAAUUUUUCACAACCAAGCCCUAUGCUUGUGAACCUUCCAGCCUUCCAAAGUACCCUCCAAGCAAGGAAAUGGAUGCCAAAUUACGGGAUGAAGAAGCUAGAAGACUGAGAGCUGCUGGCAAAGGUAAUAUUGACGGGGUCAAGAAAACACGCCCUCGUCCUAGGGCCAUGCCUGCUCCAGAAGCCAAUGCCGAGCUUCAAGCCAAUCUUGAUAGACGGCGUCUCAUUUCACAUGCCAAUGCAAAGAGCAAGAGUGAGAAAUUUCCUCCUCCACACCAAGAUGGGGCGCUUGGCUAUCCUUUGGGUACUUCACAUCAUAUUGAUCCAGUUUUUGAGCCGCCUGAUGUCCCUUUCAGUUCCACGAAUUUUUCCUAUCCAAAAACAUCCUUCCAAACUUGGUCGGGACCAUUGGUUGACUCCGGUGCCGUAGUUGCUCCCCGGAAAAAGAAACACUCAAAGAGGGAUGGGCAUGCACAGUUGAGAAAAGAAGCGGCAAAACUUCGGAUGAAAGAUUGAGAUGGACAGAUGAUACAGUUUCUCCUUUUUUUGUUUUCACAUGAGGAUAUUCCGGAUGCUAGGAAGACUGGAUUCGGCUACUCUAUGUUCAAGGCAAGAGAGUUAUAUUUUGUUGAGAGGUACCAUUUAUUACACGAUUUUUAUCAUUCCUCCUGUUAUGUAAAUUUGUGAUUUGGGAAGAAGCUCUUCUAACUAUAUUUGUUCCCCUUCUUUUUUCUCCUCUCGCGGAAUACUCUAUUUAGGUUAUUUUCAAAUCUAUUCUUCCUUGAAAGUGGAUCUUGUAUCACUAAUUUGAUAUGUAUACCCUAGUUUUUGAAUUAUGCCAAGUUGCUUAGGUUCCUAAA